GCAAAACAAAACCUAUUUCUUGAAGAUUACUUAUUAAAUUUGUGAAUUUUUGAGUAAAAUGUCGGCAGAUGUGCGUGAUAUUUUGGACAUUGAGCGUGCCAAUACGCCCGAGAUAACCAGAGAUUCGUUUCUGGCAACAAAGAAGCGCAAUUUUGAGCGAACUAAACAUGCAUCCCGUCGACCAGAGGGCAUGCAUCGCGAGGUUUUUGCAUUGCUAUAUACUGACAAGAAAGAUGCACCUCCAUUGCUGCCCACAGAUACUGCACUGGGCAUUGGUGCCGGCUACAAACAAAACAAAGCGCGUCUUGGCAUGAAGAAAGUGCGCAAAUGGGAGUGGGCACCUUUUUCUAAUCCGGCGCGCAAUGAUGGUGCAGUCUUUCAUCAUUGGAAGCGCACAACUGAUGACUCCACAGAUUAUCCGUUUGCCAAAUUCAACAAGCAGUUGGAGAUUCCAAAUUAUACCAUGAGCGAGUACAAUGCACACCUGCGUAACAACAUACAGAACUGGAGUAAAGUGCAGACAGAUCAUCUAUUUGACCUAGCUAGGCGCUAUGACUUGAGAUUUAUUGUAAUGGCGGAUCGCUGGAAUCGCGAGCAACAUGGCAAGAAAACUGUAGAAGAGCUAAAGGAGCGUUAUUACGAUGUCAUUGCAUUACUGGCAAAGGCCAAAAACCAGACAAACGAAAAGAAAACAUAUGCAUAUGACGCAGAGCAUGAACGACGCCGCAAGGAGCAAUUGGAGAAACUAUUUAAGCGCACCACACAGCAAGUUGAGGAGGAACAAAUGCUCAUUAAUGAAAUGAAGAAAAUCGAAGCACGCAAAAAGGAACGCGAGCGUAAAACACAAGAUCUACAGAAACUCAUCUCCCAGGCGGAUCAGCAAAACGAACAGUCUGCUAAUACGCCAAGCACACGCAAAUACGAAAAGAAACUGCAUAAGAAAAAGGUGCAUCACACGCCGCGACCCUCCAAGGUGGACUCUGUGGUAAAUGCCAUCGAAAUUGGCAGCAGCGGCAUCAAGUUUGCCGAUCUGCGUGGCUCUGGUGUAUCAUUGCGCUCGCAAAAAAUGAAAUUGCCCGCGAAUAUAGGACAGCGCAAGGUGAAAGCGCUAGAGCAGGCCAUACAGGAGUUCAAAGUUGAUCCCGCGCCGCCGCCUACUGAGGAUAUAUGUACAGCCUUUAAUGAGCUGCGUUCGGACAUGGUGCUGCUUUGCGAAUUGCGCACCGCGCUAUCCACUUGUGUCUAUGAGAUGGAAAGCCUCAAGCAUCAGUAUGAAGCCGCCUGUCCAGGCAAAACACUUAACAUACCGCCCUCAUUGGUGCCCAUCAAGAGCGAAACGCUGGACACUAGCCUAGCGUAAAUUAAGACAACCCCCAAGAUACACACGUUUCUAUAUAAAAUUACUAACAGCAAACACUAAACGCACGGCGUCUAAUCACAAGCUCUAACACUUCAACACAUAACCCGUUUACCCAUUGUCCAUAUUUGUGCAUGUGCUACUGCCAGUCUAGUUAGUGGUUAGCACGCCUGUUAAGAAGAAAAAAGAAUAAACGGCAUAAGGAAACAA